AUGAAUAAAUUUACUUUAAUAUUUGAUGAUCAAAUAUUAGAAGAAUAAUAUUAAAAAGUUAAACUGACUAAAAUUAGAAAACCUAUAUAUUUGGGAUUAUUAUUACUAUGUUUUUGCAUGAUAAGUUCAAAUGCACUUAUAACCUUGUUUACUGAAUAAACUUAACAAUUAAAAAUCUACAUCAAUUAUUCUUAUCUAAUAUUCAUGGUAUUCUAAGCCAUUAUUGUAUACAGAAGACCAGAUUUAAUAAAAUAUUUAUUGAUAAUAUCAAAUAUAGCCACUGGUUUGUUGCAGUUUAAUUUCAAUGAAUAAACUCCAGCCUAAAUAUACUAUGCUUAAAGUUCAUCAUUUACUUAAUUAUAAGCUGUUGCAUACUUUAUUUCUGAUUUUAGAGAUGGGGUUAUAUAAGUUAUAGCUUUACUACUUAUAAAAAUGAUCAUUACAUCAUUCAAGAUAGAAAAUGUUGAUUUACAGACUGUUUUAAUAGGUAUUGCAUCAACAUCAUUUAUUCUUAUCACCCUUUAUAUCAAUGAUUAAAACUCAAGGAAAGAAUUUUUAGCAAGUAUUUCUGAAGAUUUAUGGGAUCAUUCUUUAUCUAUUCUAAUUAAAAAACCUCAUUUUAGAGUUCAAUACAAUAAAGAAUAUAUGAAAAUUGAUUUAGUUUCUUCAAAUUAAUUAUGUGAUUUCCCUGGUUAUGAUGAAAAUUUAUGUGAAGGAUGCAAUAGUAGAUAAAUUCUUCAUCUAUAUUAAUACAACAAAUCUAAUUUAUUUGAAUUCAUUCUAGAAUAAGCUUAAACUAUUCAAAAUUCAAUCAAAGUCUAAUAUAAACAUCAUUCAUUUUCUUUAAGAAUUGUUUGCAUUGGCAUAAAGAAUCUAAAUAUUAUUGUAAUUUUAGAACAACCAAAAAUUGAUUUAAAUGAAUAAAUUAUGCAAUCAAAAAUCAGACUUUUAAUUUUUUAACAUAUUAAAUCAUAAAAAUAAAAAACAAUAUAUUAAAGGUUGUUUAAUUAAGGUUUAUUAUCUAUUUUGUUAAUUAAUAAGAUGCAUUUGAAAGAAGUGGAAAUAACAAAAAUGUUCAAAAAAUUGAAUAAUUUGUAUAAGUAUAGUAUGAAACCUAUUAAAAUACUUCCAAAAAAUGUUAAAUUUACAUUUUAUACUUAUUCUUCCUAAUUGAUAAUAUUUUUAGUUUAAAUCUUUUAAAUUUUUGAUUCAAUCUCUAAAAAACGCAUAUCCAUAUUAUUUCAAGAUUUGGAAGACUGCAUUUUAAUGUAGAUAAAAUUUAAAUAAAAUUAAGAAAGAAAUCUUAACCUUUUAUUUCUCAAUUUUUAUGGUAUGAAUAUUUUUAUUCAAAAAACUAAAGCUUUAUUGUUAUUUAACGAAUUAGAUAUGGAUUUACAAAUACAAUUUAAAAAACACAUUCCAUACUAACUAAUUAAUUGA